UCUGUGCUCGGCGCUCGCACCUUGUGGCAGGCCUGCUCUAUAUCUGGCUCGCCCGACGUCCUGGGCGUCGCUCCGCCCACGCCCACGCCCUCGGCUUGCGCCCUCUGCCGAAGCUCCACGCCCGCUGCAUCAACACCGACCACUCCUCCUCCCACGCGUCUCCUUGCUUGCACGUUUCGGCCCUUGCUCUCUCUUCCCUCCGUCCACGCACCUCCGUCGCCGCCGCCGAGCCCCUGUCGACCCUCGCGCGCGGCCGCCGCCCAUUGGAACGUUCGUCGCGAGAGCAACUCUCGACGUCCACCGUCCGUGCGCCACGCCGUCUAGCGCGACGCCGCCGCCGAUCCUCCCCACGCUCCUGCAGCGCACCCUGCAGCAGCGUCCCGGCGGCCGGAGCCGCCGCUGAGCUCGUGCCAUGCUCGGAGCCGAGGCCAUGUCGCCGCCUGUGCCGAGCGCCUCGCCGAGUGUCCUCUCCGCAAGUGGCAGCGCCCUGCCCGACGCAGCGGCAGCGCAGCAGCACCAGCCCGCCUCGCCGUCCAGCGACGCCGCCACACCGCGCCUGCCGCUGCGCUCGCUCAGCGCCAUGGCCAGCGCCGCCUCGCUGCUCGACAAGACGCUGCCGGCGCCGCCGCCUGCUGCCGCCGGCUCUCCUCCACACUCCGCGACCCUUCCCUUGGCUGCGUCGAUCGCCAGCCUGAGCUCCGCCGCCACGCCGACUGCAGCGUCCUCUGACGCACGCUCGGCAACACGCAGCGACGAGCACGCGUCGCCCAGCCACGUGCCGCAGGCCAAGGACAUUCCUGGCGUGUCGAAGACCAGCGCCGAGACGCAGCGCUCCGACGCCGUCUCGUCGACAGACUCGUCCUACCGAAGCUCUUCCUCGUCGCGCGGCCCCGCGACGCCUUUCCCGACGACAGCCGGCGUCGCACCCCUCUCGCGGCAAGCCUCGUCGUCUUCGGGUCCCUCGUGGCCGUCGAAGGGAGAGUCCGCGUCCGAGCACGGCGGGCCUGCCGAGCCCGAGGCGAUGAAGCACGCGGCGUCUGGCCUCAGCGCGGCGGGAGCAGCUGCAAGCUCGAGGCACUCGAACGCCACGUCGACCACGGCGUCCUCGCAGCGCACUCGCUCCGACAGCCGCACCAGCAUGCGCAGCCGCACCAGCCGUGCGAGCUCGGCGGCGAGCCAGCACAGCGUGCCGCGCAAGCUCUCUGAUGCUGCUACCGCGGCGCUGGCCGCCGAGCUGCCCGACCCGUCGACGUUUCCCAUUCCCGCGUCCGUCGCGAUGCCGCCGGUGUCGCCGGUGGUUGGUCGGCGCGCGGGUAGCGGCUCGUUUGGCACGCCGGCGCACUCGCAGUGCUCGUCUGAGCACUCGAGUCGCCUCUCGCGCGGCUCGUUCUGGACGGAGAAGAGCAGCCAGCACAGCUCGACGAUGACGAGCCCGGGCAGCUCAUUCCUGCAGUGCGCGGACAGCAGCGUCGAUGUCUCUGUCGACUCGCCGUCAAGCGUACAGAGCGCCGAUGGCGUCGGCCUCGGCAUCACGGCCGACCGCGCCAGGGGCGAGGGCACAGUUGGCCGCUCGCGCCUCGAGUCGGCAGGCGCCGGCACCAAUGACUCGACCCCGCCGGUCUCGCUGUCGCGGCCCUGGGCCCACCACCGCGCGCCGUCGUGGACGCGCCGUCCUCUGCCGCCGCCGCCGACGAGUCAAAGCGCCGAUGCCGUCGCGGCUGAGCAGCCGUCCAGCCCGUCGAGCCCGGGUGCGGUGGGUGCUGAGACGCCCGUCCGACCUGGCCUCACCCGCCUCUUCUCCGAGAACAGCUCGCUGGUGCGUCCGCCUCUGCUGCCGCCGCUGCUGCCGGCGCACGCAGUGCCCGUGCGCAACGAGUCGCGCAACCGCACCAUCUCGGCGCGCUCGCGCAACGGCUCCAAGACAUCGACGACGUCGCAGUCGAGCUCGAGCCGGACCGCCGACGCGCAGUCGCCCAAGGCCUCGCGUGAGACGCAGCGCCGCCCGCACACCGCCACGCUCGCCCAUCGGCCAUCGCUGGCCUUUUCGCACUCCGGCUCGUCGACCAGCGACGUCGAGAUGAUCCGUACGGGCGGCGGCAGCCCCGUGACGCCCAAUGCACCGACGGCGCGCUCGCGCAGCAGCUCUCUGCGACACGCGGCGUCCAGUAUCAAGCUCAGCAGCCGCUCGUCGGACCACAACCUUGCGGCCACGGUCUCGCCACGGACGCCUGCACUGCGCCACGACUCGAAGCGCAGCUUCGGGCCGAUGGAGCAUCUGGCGCUCUUCGACCACGAGCGCGAGCGGCAGGCGCGUGAGCGCAUCGGCCCGUCGGACUACAGCCAGGAGCACGAAGUGGUGCCUCCGAGUGCGGGCAGCACGAGCUCGGGCGGCUUCUACUCGACCUUCCGGCGCUGGCGUGCCGGGUCGAUCACCUCGGAGCGCAGCUUCGGCACGUCGGGACGGCAAGCGCGCGCGACGGAAGACGACGACGACGGCAACAUGUCGGACUCGAGCUCCGACUGCGGCUACACGUACACCGAGCGUGGCAGUGGCGCGGCGUUCGAGCGCGUGCCCGCCUCCCUCGUCGAGCACUUCAAGGAACAGCCACUUGCCUCGCUGUCGGCUCUGCCUGACAACCUGGUCGAAGCGGCUGGUCGGCCCCUGUCGGCCUUCGAGCAUCUGGUGCGACCUUCCACGACGCAUCUCGUGCUGCGUGGCUGCCGUGACGAGCGGCUGGGCAGCUGGCUGCAGCGCACCCUUCCCACAGUCGCGCGCUCGCUGCUGGUCCUCGACGUGGCGAACACCAGCCUGACGGCGCUGCCGAGCACGCUUGGCCUCUGCUCGGCGCUUGAGGAGCUCGACGUUUCUGGCAACCGCAUGGACGCCGGCCUUUCGCCCAUCGUUGGGCAGCUGUUGCGCCUGCGCGUGCUGACCGCCGACGAUAUCGGCGCCUUGAGCCUGCCUCGCGCUCUUGCCGACCUCGCCGACCUGCGCUCGCUGAGCGUGUCGUACAACUACCUCUCGCAUCUGCCCACCUGGCUCCACCGCCUGCCGCUCGAGCGGCUGCGCGUCGACGAGAACCCUUUCCAGGGCGCAUGGGCCAAGGUCGGUGCUACGUUGCUCUCGCCCGGCAAAGGCUUUGUGGUGCCUUCCUCCGCCGUAGCCGGCGCGGCCUCGGCUCCCGCAGAGCAUGCUGCAUUCGUCGGCAGCUACGACGACGGGACGCGCCUCAGCUCACCCGAGGCUCCGCAGUCGGCACCUGCUCAGGGACGCGGAUCUGUCCCUCAAGACGGCACAAUCGGCCGCGCCGCUGCUCGCUCGACGAAGGCUGAAGCGUCGCGCCAUGCUUCCGUUCCCGACGCGCGUGCGCACUCGGGCGCGCCAGCGCUGAAUACGGACGCUCAUGACGACAGGAUUCGUCGGGCUCACCUGACAGUGGACACUGCCGCUCUGCGUCGUCCCGACACUGCCGAGCGCGCGGCAGACCAUCGCAAGUGGAGCGGCUUCCUGCGCAAGGUGGGCCGCAAGAGCUCGUCGGCCGGGCUGUCUGUGAUGACCAACUCGGAGCCGCCAACUCGUGGGCCCUCACCGAACCCGAAGCUUGCUCCGAUCAUGAGUCAGCAGGCCCUCGACGCCAUGGCUUCAGGCGGCGCGCCGCUCCGCAGUCCUGCAUCUCAGCGACCGAGCGUGUCCUCAACGGCGAGCCAGCCUGCGGACCAUGUCCAGCCAGAGGAAGAUCGGGAAGCACACGCGGCGCGCGUCCGCGCGAUCCUGCACUACCUGCGAGACCUGCACGACCUGUCCCGCAAGACUGAGUCGCCGCUCAGCACAGACAGCAGCCCGACGCACGGCGAGCGCUCCUUCACACCGUUGAAGUCGCCGCCCUCGCUCGAGCAGCUGCGCAAGCGCCCGAGUCUGCAGCAGCUCAUGAACAUCAGCAACCGCCCGGGCUGCCCGCGCAACGCGAGCGGGCUCAGCAACGGCUCGGCAACGCCGACGGACGUCUCGGUCGCAGCUGAGGAGCCGAUCCGUUACAAGGACGACUCGGUGCGGCGCAUGCGCAUCGUGCGCGAGAUCAUCGUGACGGAGGAGACGUACGUCAAGCAGCUCGAGGAGCUCGUCAACAUCUACGUCACGCCCUCGCGCGCCGUCGACCGCGAGGGUGCUGCCUUUGUGCCUCCGGCCGAGCACCGCCUUGUCUUCAACAAUGUCGAGAGCAUCCUGCACCUGCAUGCCAACGCCCUGCUGCCGUCGCUCAAGGCGGCAGCCGCGCCGCUGCUCAGCCCGCGCAACUCGGCGCCGGAGGCCAGCGACGUCGUGCAUGAUGCGGCAGUGACUGGCAGCGUGGCCGUGGCCGUCGCGCAGGUCUUCGAGCGCCACACGCAGUGGUUCAAGAUGUACCAGCAGUACGUCAACGGCCUCGAGGGCGCGCAGACGCGCAUCUCGAGCUGGAGCGUGCCAGCUGUCUCCACGGCCGCCAACGCAUUCAAGGCUGCUGCCGCUGCCGGCCUGGCCUCGGGCUUCGUCGCGCAGGAGAGCACGGCGUCGAGCAUGUCGCCAAAGGAGCGCAAGCGUCUCAAGGCGUUCAUGCAGCGCGCCAAGGCCGAUCCGCGCCACUCGCAGCUCAGCGUCGAGUCGUACCUGCUGCUGCCCGUGCAGCGCAUCCCGCGCUACAAGCUGCUCAUUGCCGACCUUGUGCGCUCGACGCCGCCGGAGUGCGUCAAGGGCGCCGACAGCAUGGUCAAUGCGCUCGACGCCAUCACGAUCCUCGCCUCGAGCGUCAACGAGUCGAAGCGGCAGAGCGAGCAGGACCGCAAGCUGCUGGCCUGGCAGGCGCGCAUCAAGGGCCGCUGGCCCAGCCCGCUGGUGCAGCCGCACCGCCGCCUGCUCAUGGACGGCGGCCUCGUGCUCAAGCGCGUGGUGCAGCGCACACGGGCCUUCCACGUGCCCGCCGCGUCGUGGGGCUCGCCCGAGGACCUGAUGGCCGACGGCGCGGCCGAGACGACGCCGUUCGGCCUCGUGCAGGUCGACUGCCUGCAGCAGCAGUCGAUGAGCAAGUACCUGCAGAUCCUGCUCUGCAACGACUUUGUUGUCGCCGUCACGGACCCGUCGCAGGGGCGCGACGAGGCGUCGAGUGUCGAGCUCUACACUGUCCUGCACCCGCAGCAGGGCAAGCCGGUCUCUGUCUACGGCCACAGCAGUGAGUGCCGCGUAUCGGCCUCGCACAUGCGUAUGCUCACCUCGCUCUCCGCAGACCUGCGUAUCGUCGACGCCAAGAACAUUCUCUACUUUGCUGCACCCUCUGCCGAGGCUGCGGCUGCGUGGUGCGAGGUGAUGAACGAGCAGUUCAUGUAGCCUCUGCUGUCGCUGCUCCCUCGCCGUUUCUUCCACUCUCUUCUCACACACACCACCAGCCUGACUCUGCACACCCACACCCACACUCUCCUUCUCCCGCGCGCCCGCCCCCCGGAUCAUCGUGUCACCUGCCCCUGCUCGACCUGGCGCCUCUGCCGCCCCUCGGACGUCCCCCCACUCCUUUCGCCCUACGGUGCCUGGCCGGCUGCGGCUGCUCAGCCGGCCUGCGGAAUGCCACGUCUAAUCCUGACCUGGUCUCUGUGAGCCUCGGAAGUGUCGGUCACCGGAAGCCGAUGCU